CGACUCCGAAGCCGAAAACCUGGGAACCUGAUCUACGAGGAGAUUUUUUUGGCGGCGGCAUGGGUGGUACAUCUUUGAAGCGAGAAGAGUCCGCGAACAACUCCUCGCAGCGACAGGUAUCUUCACGAUCGAACACGACAAAGCACGAUGUUGAGGCCGAUCAUGCCUUAGCAGGACGAGCUUCUGCCGAUAUGAAUGCUCAGACCGUCCUCGAGGCUCAGACCGUCGAGGACGAUGAAGACGAGGAGGAAGAAGAUGACCAUUUCUAUGCUGGUGAUGCCGAUAACCGUGAUGACCUGGAGUCUGUGGCAACUGCUCAAGCGUUCAUGGAUUGCGCCAAUUCUUCCUCUAAGUACUACGUUCUAGACCCUCGCGGCUGCUCCUCCCGUCUUGGCUCAGCUUCCUUCGACAGCAACAGCAGUUCCUUUCCGUUUCCUAGACCGAACAAAGCCAAUGGGCCUUUCGGUGCUGGAGCUGGAGGCGAGAAUGAGGAAAUUUUUGAUGCUGACCAUCUCAAUCUAGAACAGAAUGGCUUGGGAUCUUCAUCCUGUGCAGAAGGUCCUCAAGGAGACUUUCCGGUGAUCAAAAAAGCGCGUGCUCCUACCGCUAUUGGUGCUCUCCUAGAAGGCGAGGAUGAGUUCGACGGUCCCUGCUACUGGCGUAGCAAUGCAGCCAGAAAUAAUAACGCCUCAUCUAACACCAACUCUUCGAACUUUGGUCCCCGUGAGCGCUGGAACAACAAGAACCCAUCAAAAG